AACACCAUGAUGCUGCUCAUGAAAUCAUUGAGACUAUCCGAUGGGUCUGUGAAGAAAUCCCAGAUCUCAAGCUCGCUAUGGAGAAUUACGUUUUAAUUGACUAUGAUACCAAAAGCUUCGAAAGCAUGCAGAGGCUCUGUGACAAGUACAACCGGGCCAUCGACAGCAUCCACCAGCUGUGGAAGGGCACCACGCAGCCCAUGAAGCUGAACACACGGCCGUCCAACGGGCUGCUCCGGCACAUCCUGCAGCAGGUGUACAACCACUCGGUGACAGACCCAGAGAAGCUCAACAACUACGAACCCUUCUCCCCGGAGGUGUAUGGGGAGACCUCCUUUGACCUGGUGGCCCAGAUGAUUGAUGAGAUCAAGAUGACUGAGGAUGAUCUGUUUGUGGACUUGGGCAGUGGUGUGGGCCAGGUUGUGCUCCAGGUUGCCGCGGCCACCAACUGCAAACAUCACUAUGGCGUUGAGAAAGCGGACAUCCCAGCCAAGUACGCGGAGACCAUGGACCGAGAGUUCAGGAAGUGGAUGAAAUGGUAUGGAAAAAAGCAUGCAGAAUACACACUGGAAAGGGGCGAUUUCCUCUCUGAAGAGUGGAGAGAGCGGAUCGCCAACACAAGUGUUAUAUUUGUGAAUAACUUUGCCUUUGGUCCUGAGGUGGAUCACCAGCUGAAGGAGCGAUUUGCAAACAUGAAGGAAGGUGGCAGAAUCGUGUCCUCAAAACCUUUUGCACCUCUAAACUUCAGAAUAAACAGCAGAAACUUGAGUGACAUUGGCACCAUCAUGCGGGUCGUGGAGCUGUCGCCUCUGAAGGGCUCCGUGUCGUGGACGGGGAAGCCAGUCUCCUACUACUUGCACACCAUCGACCGCACCAUACUUGAAAACUAUUUUUCUAGUCUGAAAAAUCCAAAACUCAGGGAGGAACAAGAGGCAGCUCGGCGCCGGCAGCAGCGCGAGAGCAAGAGCAAUGCGACCACCCCCACCAAGGUCCCCGAGAGUAAGGUGGCCGGCCCCACAGACGCCACCCCCAUGGAUUCUGGCGCUGAGGAAGAUAAGGUGGGAGCGGCCACCGUCAAAAAGCCGUCCCCCUCCAAGGCCCGGAAGAAGAAGCUGAACAAGAAAGGCAGGAGGAUGGCUGGCCGCAAGCGCGGGCGCCCCAAGAAGAUGAACACUGCGAACCCCGAGCGCAAGCCCAGGAAGAACCAAACCGCACUGGACCUCCUGCACGCGCAGACCGUGUCCCAGACAGCGUCCUCCUCACCCCAGGAUGCAUACAGGUCACCUCACAGCCCGUUUUACCAGCUACCUCCGAGCGUGCAGCGGCAGUCCCCCAACCCGCUGCUGGUGGCACCCACCCCGCCUGCGCUGCAGAAGCUGCUAGAAUCCUUCAAGGUUCAGUACCUGCAGUUCCUGGCGUACACAAAGACCCCUCAGUACAAGGCCAACCUGCAGCAGCUGCUCGACCAGGAGAAGGAGAAGAACGCCCAGUUGCUGGGCACGGCGCAGCAGCUCUUCAGCCACUGCCAGGCCCAAAAGGAGGAGAUCAGGAGGCUCUUCCAGCAGAAACUGGAUGAGUUGGGCGUGAAGGCUCUGACCUACAAUGACCUGAUCCAAGCUCAGAAGGAGAUUUCUGCUCAUAACCAGCAGCUGCGGGAGCAGUCAGAGCAGCUGGAGAAAGACAACUGCGAGCUCAGGAGUCAGAGCCUGCAGCUGCUCAAGGCUCGGUGUGAAGAGCUGAAGCUGGACUGGUCCACACUGUCCCUGGAGAAGCUGCUGAAGGAGAAGCAGGCCCUGAAGAGCCAGAUCUCAGAGAAGCAAAGGCACUGCCUGGAGCUGCAGAUCAGCAUCGUGGAGCUGGAGAAGAGCCAGCGGCAGCAGGAGCUCCUGCACCUCAAGUCCUGCGUGCCUCCCGACGAUUCCCUGUCGCUGCACCUGCGCGGGAAAGGCUCCCUGGGCCGUGAGCUGGAGGCUGAGCCUGGCAGGCUGCACCUGGAGCUGGACUGCGCCAAGUUUUCUCUGCCUCACUUGAACAGCAUGAGCCCGGAGCUCUCCAUGAAUGGCCACGCGGCCGGCUAUGAGCUGUGUGGCACGUCGAGCCGGCCCUCGUCCAAGCAGAACACCCCCCAGUACCUGGCCUCCCCCGUGGACCAGGAGGUCGUGCCCUGUACCCCCAGCCACAACGGCCGGCAGCGGCUGGACAAGCUAUCCAGCCUGGCCCUUCCUGACUACACCAGGCUCUCCCCAGCCAAGAUUGUGCUGCGGAGGCACCUGAGUCAGGACCAUGCAGGUUCCAGCAAGGCGGCUGCCAGCGAGCUGCACCCGCGAGCUGAUCAUAUCAAGGAGAACGGUCUUCCCUACCAGAGCCCUGGUCUGUCCAACAGCGUGAAGCUAAGCCCUCAGGACCUGCGGCCUCCGUCCCCCGGGGCCUUGCAGAUGGCAGCGGAGAAGAGCAGUGAAAAGGGACUGAGGGAGCGAGCCCACGGCAGCAGCGGGGAGACCAUCACCAGCCUGCCCAUCAGCAUCCCGCUGAGCACAGUGCAGCCCAACAAGCUCCCCGUCAGCAUCCCCCUGGCCAGCGUGGUGCUGCCCAGCCGCGCCGAGAAGAGGAGCACUCCCAGUCCUGUACCGCAGCCCCGGGACUCCGUGUCCGCACUGGAAAAGCAGAGCGGUGCUAACGCCCACAGCGCUGGGAGCAAAAGCCUUGCCCUGGCUCCUGCAGGCUUCUCCUACACCGGCUCAGUGGCCAUCAGCGGGGCGCUGGCUGGCAGCCCGGCACCCCUGGUCCCCGGCACUGAGCCAGCAGCCUUUGACGAGUCCUCUAACUCGGGGAGCCUCUUUGCCACCUUGGGGUCCCGCAGCUCGACGCCACAGCACCCCCCUUUGCUGGCACAGCCCCGCAACUCCGGCCCAGCCUCUCCGGCCCACCAGCUUGCCACCAGUCCCCGGCUCAGCGGGGCCACCCAGGGCCUGCUCCCAGAUGCUAGCAAGGGGGACCUGACCUCUGAUUCCGGUUUCUCGGACCCAGAGAGUGAAGCCAAGAGGAGAAUCGUCUUCAGCAUCUCGGCUGGUGCAGGCAGCACCAAGCAGUCACCUUCCAACAAGCAUAGUCCUCUGACUUCAGGCACCCGUGGGGACAGCGGGCAAGGCCAUGGGCAGGACAGCCGCAAGCGUGGCCGGCGGAAGCGGUCGUCAGCUGGGACCCCCAGCCUGAGUGCAGGCGUGUCUCCCAAGCGCCGGGCCCUGCCUUCUGUUGCCGGCCUCUUCACACAACCUUCAGGGUCCCCCCUCAACCUCAACUCCAUGGUCAGCAACAUCAACCAGCCACUGGAGAUCACAGCCAUCUCGUCCCCAGAGAACUCCCUGAAGAGCUCCCCCAUCCCCUACCAGGACCAUGACCAGCCUCCCGUGCUCAAAAAGGAGCGGCCCCUGAGCCAGACCAAUGGCGCCCACUACUCCCCGCUGACCUCGGACGAAGAUCAGGGCUCUGAGGAUGAGCCCAGCAGCGCCAGCAGAAUUGAGAGAAAAAUAGCAACAAUCUCCUUAGAGAGCAAAUCUCCCCCAAAAACCUUGGAAAAUGGCAGCAGCGUGGCGGGAAGGAAGCCGAUGGCCACGGGCGAGCCGGUCAACAGCAGCAAGUGGAAGUCCACCUUCUCGCCCAUCUCUGACAUCGGCCUGGCCAAGGCCGCCGACAGCCCGCUGCAGGCCAGCUCUGCCCUGAGCCACAACUCCCUGUUCUCCUUCCGGCCUGCCAUGGAGGAGCCUGGUGCCGACGCCAAGCUCAGUGCCCACCCCAGGAAAAGCUUUCCCGGCUCCAUGUCAGGGGCCGAUGGUCUCAGCCCGAGCACCAACCCUCCCAACGGCUUCGCCUUCAGCGGGGGCCUGGCCGCAGACCUCAGUUUACACAGCCUCAACGACGGUGCUUCUCUCUCCCACAAGGUCCCCGAGGCGGCCAGUCUGAGCACCCCGCUAAGCUUUCCCUCCCAGCGGGGCAAAGAGGGCGCCUCGGAGGCCAACCCCUUCCUGAACAAGAGGCAGUUGGACGGCUUGGGCAGCCUGAAAGGCGAGGGUGGCAAGGCCAAAGAGGUGGCCGAGCUGGGCCUGGUGCUGUGUGGGCCUGUGGAGAAGGCCUCCCUGCCGCAUGGCAGCAAGGCGGCCAAGGGCCGGGACCGUGAGCUCGACUUCAAGAACGGCCACAACCUCUUCAUUUCCGCCGCGGCGGUGCCUCCCGCUGGCCUCCUCAGCGGCCCUGGCCUGGCCUCAGUGUCCUCUGCAAGCAGCGCGGCGCCAUCCACGCAGACGCACCGCCCCUUCCUGGGCACUUUUGCCCCUGGGCCACAGUUCACCCUGGGCCCUAUGUCGCUGCAGGCCAACCUCAGCUCGGUGGCUGGCUCAUCCGUGCUGCAGUCCUUGUUCAGCUCUGUGCCAGCCGCCGCGGGCCUGGUGCACGUGUCAUCCGCCACAACCCGACUGACCAACUCACACGCCAUGGGCAACUUCUCCUCCGGGGUGGCUGGCGGAACAGUUGGAGGUGUCUUUAACCACGCGGUGCCUUCCGCCUCUGCUCGCCCGUUUGGAGCCGGUGUCGGCAGCGGCGCUGUGUGCAGCAGUGUCCUGCUGGGCCUGGGCCCGCUGCAGGCGGCGGCCAGCACCUCGGCCUCUUGCUUUCAGGCCCCGGCCUCGGCCGAGAGUCGGCCGCCCCCUCCGCCUCCCCCGCUGCCUCCCCCUCCGCACCUGGGCCGGGCCCCUGUGGGGCCGCCCGUCCUGCACGCUCCCCCACCGCCUAAUGUCGCCUUGCCUGCUGCCUCCGCGCUACUGGCCUCUAACCCUGCGCCUGUGCUUCUGCAGAGCCUUGCGGCCCUCCCUGCUAACCACGCUCUCUCGCCCCCUGCCUCUGCUGCCUCGCUACCCCCUGCUAACGCCUCUUUGUCUAUCCAGCUUGCCCCGCUCCCGCACAAGGGCUCCCGCCCCUCCUUCACGGUGCACCACCAGCCCCUGCCCCGGCUGGCCCUGGCACAGGCCACACCCCCACUCCCGCAGGCUGGCGCCGCGGGGCCGUCCGCUGUGUGGGUUUCCCUUGGCAUGCCGCCUCCUUAUGCCGCACACCUAGCGGGGGUUAAGCCGCGAUAAAGACCUUGCUUAGCUAGCAGUUCGUAUUCUGUAAGGUAACUAGGAUUUCUACCUCAACCGCGCGACCUAUGCAAGGACGGUGUGGACCAAGGCUCCCGCUGCACGUGCUGCCCCUGCCGGCUCCACCACCCCCAGACAGCAGAGACGGAAAGGCCAGCAGGACUCGGAGCUCUACUGUGAAUCGGUGCACACCUGCAGGAGGCUGGGACUAGUCCAGUUUGUACUGUUGAUAGUUUUAGAUAAAGUAUUUAUCGUUUUUUAAAAAGUA